UAGCAGCUUGGCUUCACUGGUUCCUCUCUGCAUCCUCCCCACCCUCCCAACAAUAUGCAUCUUGCCAGUUUGAUCAGUUCCUGCUCCCUCCUACUGCUUUUGGGGGCCCUGCCUGGAUGGGCAGCCAGUGAUGACCCCAUUGAGAAGGUCAUUGAAGGGAUCAACCGAGGGCUGAGCAAUGCAGAGAGAGAGGUGGGCAAGGCCCUGGAAGGCAUCAAUAAUGGCAUCACUCAAGCUGGAAGGGAAGUGGAGAAAGUUUUUAAUGGACUUAGCAACAUGGGGAGCCAGGCCGGCAAGGAGCUGGACAAGGACAUCCAGGGGCUCAACCACGGCUUGGACAAGGUAGCCCAUGGUACCAACAAUGGCGUCGGACAAGCAGGAAAGGAAGCAGAGAAGUUUAUCCAUGGGGUCAACAACGCUGCUGGACAGGUUGGGAAGGAGGCAGAUAAAGUGAUUCAGGGGGUCCAUCAUGGGGUCAACCAGGCGGGCAGUGAGGCAGGGAGGUUUGGCCAGGGGCUCCACCAUGCCGCUGGGCAGGCUGGAAAUGAGGCAGGGAGGUUUGGCCAGGGGGUUCAUCAUGGGAUUGGUGAGGCCUGGAAGGAAGCAGACAAGUUUGGCCAGGGGGUCCACCAUGCCGCAGGGCAGGCUGGGAAUGAGGCAGGGAGGUUUGGCCAGGGGGUCCACCAUGCCGCUGGACAGGCUGGGAAUGAGGCAGGGAGGUUUGGCCAGGGGCUCCACCAUGCCACUGGACAGGCUGGGAACGAGGCAGGGAGGUUUGGCCAGGGGCUCCACCAUGCCGCUGGGCAGGCUGGGAAUGAGGCAGGGAGGUUUGGCCAGGGGGUUCAUCAUGGGAUUGGUGAGGCCUGGAAGGAAACAGACAAGUUUGGCCAGGGGGCCCACCAUGCCGCUGGGCAGGCUGGGAAUGAGGCAGGGAGGUUUGGCCAGGGGGUCCACCAUGCCGCUGGGCAGGCUGGGAAUGAGGCAGGGAGGUUUGGCCAGGGGGUCCAUCAUGGGAUUGGUGAGGCCUGGAAGGAAGCAGACAAGUUUGGCCAGGGGGUCCACCAUGCUGCUGGGCAGGCUGGGAAGGAGGUAGAAAAGUUUGGCCAGGGGGUCCACCAUGGGAUUGGUGAGGCCUGGAAGGAGACUGAGAAGUUUGGCCAGGGGGUUCAUCAUGGGAUUGGUGAGGCCUGGAAGGAGACUGAGAAGUUUGGCCAGGGGGUCCACCAUGCUAUUGGGCAGGCUGGGAAAGGAGGAGACAAAAUAGUCCAAGGGGUCCAUCAUGGGGUUAACCAGGCUGGGAAGGAGGUGGGGUGGUUUGGGCAGGAUGCUCAUUAUGCCACAGGUCAGGCUGAAAAGGAGGGAGACAAAAUAGUCCAAGGUGUCCGUCCUGGGGUCAACCAGGCUGGGAAGGAGGUGGAUCAGUUUGGCCAUGGGGUCCACCAUGAGGUUAAUGAGGCCUGGAAGGAGGCAGAGAAGUUUGGUCAGGGGGUCCACCAUGCAGCAGGGCAGGCUGGGAAAGAGGGGGAAAAAGUGGUCCAAGGGGUCCACAAUGGAGUCAACCAGGCUGGGAAGGAGGUGGAACAGUUUGGCCAUGGGGUCCACCAUGAGGUUAAUGAGGCCUGGAAGGAGGCAGAGAAGUUUGGUCAGGGGGUCCACCAUGCAGCAGGGCAGGCUGGGAAAGAGGGGGAAAAAGUGGUCCAAGGGGUUCACAAUGGAGUCAACCAGGCUGGGAAGGAGGUGGAUCAGUUUGGCCAGGGAGUUCACCAUGCCGUUGAACAGACCGGAAAGGAGGCAGACAAAGUAGUCCACGGGGUCUACGAUGGGGUCAACCAGGCCGGGAAGGAGGCAGAGAAAUUUGGCCAAGGGGUCAACCACGCUGCUGGCCAGGCUGGAAAGGAAGCGGAGAAACUUGGCCAAGGUGUCCACCAUGCUGCUGGCCAGGCCGGGAAGGAGGUGGACAGGUUGCAGCAGAAUGCUCAUUAUGGGGUCAACCAAGACGGCAAGGAGGCCAACCAGCUGCUGAAUGGCGGUCACCCAGGCGGAUCCACCGGCCAUCACGGAGGGGGCGCAACCACAACAUUAACAUCUGGAGCUUCGGUCAACAAGCCCUUCAUCAACUUUCCAGCUCUAUGGAGGAGCGUCACCGACAUCAUUCCCUAAACUGAUGCACUGGCCUUGCUGAGCAGACUGGCUUUCCUGUUGGCAUAUCAGCUGAAAUGACUUGAAGGAGCUAGGGAUGGGGGGCGGGUAGAUUUCGGGCAUCCCUUGAGGGAACUGUACUGAGAUUUGUGAAUAAAUAUGACACAACAUACUCUCA